ACAAGCUCCAGCUCAGUCUACCCACAUGAUUAUAUUAAAGUGCAUAGAAAUAAAUCUGUGAUUUCGACCAGAAUUGUGUUAGGCAUACUGCAAAAAUGUUUACAAACAUUUCACUUUGCAAUUCACAAACUGCGCGCCUCAACUUGCGGUGGAAGUUUAUUUCUCCCCUUAACUGAUUGGGAGGGGUUACAAGUACCGUCUGUUCUGUGAUUGGCUGCUCCUACCGCCUGUGGGGAAGCACAAGCGCUCGGAUUGGGUGGAAGGGGCGGUGCCGCAGGUAUCCUUCGCGCUUAGAAGGGCAGGGCAGCGUCAGAAUGAUCAAUCUCCAUCCGUCAACAUUAGCCAUCAACUUUACAGAGAGGGAUAUGCGAAGAUAAUGAACUUAAUUCGUUUGCUUGCUCGCAGCACACGCCGUUUGAUUGAGUACCACCUUUAAAUUGGAGUUAAAAUACGUCCGAGUUGAGUGAUUGCUGGAAGCGAACGCGAGGAAUUAAAUAGUUUAUUUUUUUCCUUUUUCUUUUUUUUUUGCGUACGUGUAUGUCUUAGGAGUGCGCGUCCACUUCAAGACCCUAUUGUGGAUACUGUCAAUACGUUGGAUUUUGCCCCAUCAAGACUAAAAAAGAAGAGAGGGGGAAAAACUGGGAGAAAAUUCUGAAGCUACACCGAGUGCGUUCCCCAAUACAGCCGUAGGGGGAACCGAACCUUUCAUUGAAAAACACGGUGCACCCCUUGUAAAGCUUCUAGCAUGAUGUCAUACCUCAAGCAAGGCCCAUACGGCAUGAAUGGCCUGGGGCUCGGGGGCACUAUGGACCUGCUACAUCCGUCUGUCUACCCGGCCCAUCCGCGGAAGCAGCGACGGGAGAGAACUACUUUUACGCGCACGCAAUUGGACAUUUUGGAGUCUCUCUUUGGCAAAACACGCUACCCGGACAUCUUCAUGAGGGAGGAGGUGGCGCUGAAAAUUAAUUUACCGGAGUCACGAGUGCAGGUGUGGUUCAAGAACCGACGAGCCAAGUGUCGCCAGCAAGCGCAGGCGGGAAACAACUCCAAGGUCCGACCGGCCAAGAAGAAGCCCUCCCCAUCCAGGGAGAGUCCAGGCUCGGAGAGCAGCGGCCAGUUCACCCCGCCGGCUGUCUCCAGCAACGGCUCCUCUUCCUCCUCCUCCUCUUCCUCCGGCUCGACCGGGGCUCACCCAUCUGGCCUGGGCUCGGCGACCUCAGGCGCCACCCCGGUGUCGGCCAUCUGGAGCCCGGCGCCCAUCUCUCCUCUCCCGGCACCCCCCUCCGUCCCGGACUCGGCGCCCCCCACCAGCGCGUCCUGCAUGCAGAGGCCUGGGUCUGGUUCCAACGGGACCCCCGCCUACCCGGUGUCCUACAGCCAGACCCCCGCGUACAGCCAGGGGUACUCUGCAGCAGCCGCCGCUGCCUCAGGGUCCUACUUCGGGGGCAUGGACCCCGGAUCGUACUUGGCCCCCAUGCAUUCUCACCACCACCCACAUGCUGCCCACCACCCCCACACCGCACACCCCCAGCUGGGCUCCAUGUCAAGCUCCAGCAUGUCUAGCCACCACCCACACCACCACAUAGGGCAGAGCUCGGGCCACCAUCACCCUCAUCAUCCACACCAUGCCCACCACCACCAGGGCUAUGGCAGCAGUGGCUUAGGAUUUGGCUCCACAGACUGUUUGGACUACAAGGAGCAGACGACAACGGCCGCUGCCGCUGCUGCCGCAGCCGCCGCAUCGUCAUGGAAACUGAACUUCAGCUCAGCCGCGGACUGCUUGGACUACAAGGACCAAGCCUCGUGGAGAUUUCAGGUUUUGUGAGGAGCGAUUGCGACCCUCCGGAAAGUCGACGGACAGAACGUCGUUUGUUGAGUUUGGCAGAGAGAGAGAGAAAGAGAGAGCGAGAGAGAAGAAAAAAAGUUUGUGACGUUUGAUCGUGACUAAAGUAUUAUGGUAGGAAGAAGUAAAACGUAUCAGGACUGCACCCUUCCUCUUUUUUCCCUUUUAUUUUAGUUUUCAAAUCGGAAACUUUAAAUAACAAAAUGUGAAAAAAAAGUUCAAUUCAUUCUGCAAAUGGCCAGUUCCUGUAAGACACAAAGCCUACCCCGAAAUAUCCUCAAAAUAUAGGCUGUAAAGCAAAACAUUCAAAUGGAUUAAUUCGAAUGGAGGCCGGUGAAUGAAUCAAAACGGAAUGUACCAGUUGAAAUGUAGCCUUUCAGUACAUUCAAAAACACUUUUAAAGGAAACGAAAAAAAAAAUCGAAUUUCAUGUGUUGCUCCGUCCUCCGUGUAGUGACUCAUCAAUUAGAUGAGGAGUUUUAUAGCCCAUGGCCAUUUUUAAUCUCUUAAAACAAUAGCUCAAGAUGCUGCAGAUGUUUGUAUGUAGGCCUUAUGUAAUUAAAUUUAAGUUAUGUCAGCUCAGCUUCCACGUCAAACUACGGACAUCCAAACUGAUGUGAUAAUUGUUUUCAUUCCUGGGACUAAAGUCAAUAUCGCAGCACUUGAGGUUCUUGUCAAUGAAGUGAAUGGUUCUGUGCUUCUGUCUGCGAGAGGAAAAUGUGAAUAUGACAUGCAAUGAAAUCUUCCCUGUAAAAAGUUGAGAUGCUUGAGGCGAACGCCUUGGCAUACAUGUUUGUUUUUUUAAAUAAAAUAUGGUGAAAGUC